AAAGAGAGAUACAUACAUAAAGAGAAAGAGAGAAAGAGAGAGAAAUAAUAAAGGUCUCUUUAUAUAACAAAAUGAGUAGCAGCAGCUUCCCACCCGGCUUCUGCUUCUAUCCAACGGAAGAAGAGCUUCUGGGCUUCUACCUCCACAACAAGCUCGAGAACGAGAGGACCGAGGAUAUCGAGCGCGUGAUUCCCGUCCUAGACGUCUAUGGCGUCGAUCCGGAGCACCUCCCAGAGAGAGCAGGAGAAGCAUGCAGAGGGGGCGGGUGCGAGCAGUGGUUCUUCUUUUGCCCCAUGCAGGAGAGAGAAGCGCAAGGAGGGAGGCCGAGCCGCACCACUCCGUCGGGCUACUGGAAGGCCACAGGCUCUCCCAGCCUGGUCUACUCCGCUGCCACCAGCCGCCCCAUCGGCCAGAAGAAGGCGAUGGUGUUCUACCAAGGGCGCGCCCCUUCGGGAACUAAAACCAAGUGGAAGAUGAAUGACUAUAGAGCUCUUGAUGAUCAAGAACAAGAUAUAGCCAUUCUCACUUCCUCUCCCAAGUUGAGAAGAGAAUUUAGCCUGUGCCGAGUAUAUACAAAAUGUGGAGGGCUAAGAUUGUUCGAUAGGCGGCCAUGCAUGGGUUCUUCCGAGACCAGUGGGAGCCAAAGAUCCCUCUUUACUUCGAUGAGGAAUAGAUCAUCAUCUCGCGAUCACGAUAGUUCUUCAUCAGACGAGGGAGACUGCUCUCGCGGCCAAGGAACCGCCGAUUCAACGGCCGUGACGGAGGAGAGUUAAUUAGCAACUAAUUGAAUAUGCUGAAUUGUUUCUAUUUUUCUUCUUUUUUUCCUCCUUAAUUAUGAACCAAAAUACUUGAUUACAAUAUUCAUCAGUUAGAAGUUUCUAGGCAGCUACAUAUAUUCAUUAAUUAUUAGGUUAUUUGAGAUUUUAUUUGAGAUUUUUAGGCAUGAUUUAAUUGUUGUUGUUGUUGUUGUUGUUGUUGUUGUUAUUGUUGUUGUAGUGAGCAUAAAAUGUUCAAAUUAAAGGGUUGUAAUUUGAUUGAUUGAUUGCCUGGAGGUGAUUAGUUAAAUUGUUUGUGAUUAACUCUUA